AGUGUAACUCCGCAUUUCGUUGCCAUCACGCUGUAAGGCAACACAUAAUAAGAUGGCGUGGAAAUUCUUUCUUCUUUGUCUGCCCUUCGCGUCUGCGGCAGUCAAGUUCCAGGAAAUGUUUUCCUGGAACGCCCUGGAUUGGAACUAUCCCGAUGAAUACUCCAGACAGCAUGCUAUAAGCGCCGGUGCUUUGAUUCCUGAGAAUGCUCUACCCGUUGGUAUUGAGAGAUGGAGAAAUAAACUCUUUGUCAGUGUACCAAGAUGGCGUCCAGGUAUACCUGCCACUUUGAAUUACAUCCCACUUGAUGCACCAUACGAUCCAUCUCCGAAACUAAACCCCUACCCAAGCUGGCAAGGCAAUGAGUUGGGUAAUUGCGACAGUGGACUCACAACUGCUUACAGGAUCAAAGCGGAUAAGUGCGAUCGACUAUGGGUAUUAGAUGUAGGCACAUAUGGAUACGAUCCCAACGUGACUAAUCUCUGCCCUUAUACUUUGAAUGUUUAUGAUUUAAAUACCGAUCAACGCAUACGUAAAUAUGUAUUCCGUCCCGAAGAUAUAGUUCCGACAACGUUCAUUGCUAAUAUUGCUAUAGAUAUGGGAGCAAGUUGCGAUGAUACUUUCGCUUACUUCUCCGACGAACUUGGAUACGGACUUAUAGCAUACUCUUGGGAACAAAAUAAAUCUUGGAGAUUCAGCCAUAGCUUCUUUAUGCCUGACCCCCUUGUAGGAGAUUUCAAUAUUGCAGGCCUUAACUUUCAGUGGUUUGCCGAAGGAAUUUUCGGUAUUACUCUUUCUCCUAUCGGGAUAGACGGAUACAGAACUCUUUAUUUUACUCCAUUAUCAAGUCAUACUGAAUUCGCUGUUUCCACCAAAAUUUUAAGAGAUGAAACUAAGGUCGAGGGUUCUUUUAAAGAUUUCAAAAUAGUUGGAGUUCGAGGACCCGACAGCCAUACAACAUCCAAAGUAAUGGAUGACUCUGGUGUACAAUUAUUCAAUCUGAUAGACCAAAAUGCUAUCGGGUGCUGGAGUAGUACAUUGCCAUUUAAACCACAGAAUAUCGGUGUUAUAGACAAAGAUGAUGUCGGCAUGGUUUUCCCCUGCGACAUUAAAAUUGAUGAUGAUAAGAACGUUUGGAUGAUCUCUGAUAGAAUGCCUGUUUUCCUCGAAGCUGAAUUAGACUACAGCGAUAUAAACUUUAGAAUCUAUACCGCACCAUUAAAUACUCUUCUAGAGGGAACUGUGUGUGAACCACAAAAACAAUUUCUACCUACAACCAAAGCCCAGAACUUGAAACAAAACUCGCAAUUAAUAACAUAUACUCCGUCACUCACUUCUGUUACAAUGCCACCUCUUCCACAAACCCAAUACACGCCCAAUGUAUUGCCACGAUUAUCCCAUGUAUCAUCAUCAUCAUAUCCGUCAUCACCUUCUUCAUCAUAUCCAUCAUCAGCAUCUUCAUCAUAUCCGACAUCGUCAUCAUCCUUUCCAUACGUAACUAAAAAUACUAUUCCGAAAUCAGAGAGCUAUGUUAAUUUACAAUUUACGAAAGAAACAUCGAUACCUUAUUAUACGAGCAGAGCUCAACCUGAAACGACACCAAGGAACAAUUAUUGGUGGUACAAAGACUACCAUAAAAACAACUACUAAUUGUUUCCAAGAAAAGCUAUUAUUGGGCUAUGAAAAAAUAAAUCUAGAAAGUACGAGUAUUAGUUUUAUACCCUCAUCGUUUAUUAAUUUUACAAUAAUAUGUGUGCAUGUUACUGAGUAAGAAUGGUGUAGACAUAUUUUAUAGUAUGAGCUAUGAAAGUUAUUAAGUACUUAAUAUGUAUGUGUAUAAUAUAAGUACUUCGUACAGUUACUUACUUUAAAUAUUUACAUUUUGCAUUGCAUGAGUCGUUUCCUAAGUUACUCUUUUGAUUCAUGUUGAUUUGUGUAAUGUAUGAUGAACGUUUAUCUUAAUGAAUAAAUAAAAAUGUUUUG